GAUCUGUUGUAAGUAUAGUAUCCAGGACUGCCCCAGGUAUUCUAAAAUAGCUAGUUCGCAAUGGGCCUGAGCUCAGCCGCUCUUAACAUGGCGUUAUAAGGCGUAAUUCAGGCAGCUUUGCGACUGUUAUUUUGGAAAUCUCAUGUGACCCGAUGAAAUGAAAUUUUGGAGGUAUGAAAUUAACCAACCCUUCACCAGAGAUUCAACACAAUCAAAAUAAGGUCCAGAGUAAAAGUCCUUCAAUGUGGCAUAACGACAUUACUUAUGGGACGGUUCUGCGACCGACAUUUAUAAUGGAUGAACAAAUUGGUAAUAACAUUGGUUCUAAAGGAUCGUAUGAGGUGUACGAACCCCAGAAGAAUGGAGAGCAGUUCCCAGUUGGGGAGAGUGCAGUCAAUGGAAUUGAUAAGACUGGAAAUCAAGGCAGCCAAGAUGAAUAUUUAAAGCAGCGCUUUCAAGUGGUGUGCAGAGAGCUGGAGCAGAGCAAGAUCCGAGAAGCAGAACUACAACACUACAUCAAUUUAUUGAAAGCUCCCAAGGAUGCCCAAGGUGCUACAGUGGAGGAGGGUGUGAAAGAUGCACACAUCAAGUAUCUUCAGAGGCAAGUUACAGUUUUGCAGGCCAAUUUGUACAAGUAUGAUGGAUGGUCUUCAAAGCUUAUGAGCGCUACUGAAGAAAGAGACAAGCUCCUAAUUGAGAACGGGGCCCUGAAAUCAGAGUUGUCGAGGUUACAGGAUGAAAACAGACGUCUGACAAAUGAAGUUGACACUUUGAGUAACUCUCGAGCAGACUUGCAGAAGAGACUACAGCAGGCUAUUGUAGACCUAGAGAAUGUUCGACGCCAGAGUCUCCCACCCGGUGAACUGAGAGACGAGCUGAUGAGAGCCAGAUCAGAGAAUAAAACACUGAGGGAGUCAAUAUCACGGCUAGAGCUAGAAAACCGGAGUAUAAAGGAUUACUCCAAUGGCAGUGGUGGCAGCCCAUCCCUGGGUAACGUGGCCUGUAGCCAGGAGCUGGAGUACCUGCACAAGGUUGUGGACACACUCAAGAGCACCGUCCUGGAGCAGAGGAACUUCCUGCUCAAUAUGAGAAACCCAACCUCCCUGAAUCCUGUCAAGUCCACACAGUUUGCCCUGGCAGGCUCCCAGAGCACAGAGGGGCUACCCAAGCCCAGCAGAGGUUCACCAGUCCCUGCCUUACAGAGGUCGUUGCCCACAGUCACACAAGAUGCGUUCCAGAAAAUAUCCUACAGACAGUCUCCUGAACCCUUUCAGAAACCUUUGAACCCACAGCCAACAGCCCUGUCUGACACAAAAUCUCUUGAGAGUUCACAAGGGGGUGGUAACGUGCGGGAAGUUUCUUCAGACGAGUCUGUGUCUGACAGUUUACAGCUACAUAACAUGGUACCUGUGAGAGAACUCAAUGGGUAUAUCAACAUGCCAUCAGGCAUGCAAGAGAUCGGCCCGGAGGUGAAGGCACCAAGCCGUGAUGACAAUAUUCAGUUGACUUUGAAGUCAGCCUCCCAUGAGCUUCAGCCUUCUCUGGUAAACAAGAAAGCUAUUUUCAGUGAUUCGGCACGGCCGCAACUCCCUGAGGGUAAUGGAAGCAUUCCAAAACUUUCGCCUCAGAAGUUUGUGGCGCCGUUAAAAUCACCACACUCUGAAGUUAUCAGUCGGAGAAAUGGAAUAGAGCAGCCGAAUGCUGACCUACACCGGAGCAGGUCAGCUGUGAUUUCGCGUAACACAGAUGCAGUUCCCAUGGAUACACAUACGCCAAGAUGGGGAGUAAAAUCCAGUUCGCCUCAACUUGAGGAGUUUCAUGGGGCUUCAAGGCCAGCUCCUGGUAGCCAAGCUCUGUUUGCUGGACACAAAGUACCUUACGAUCGGCGUAGUUGGGAGGCGUCUGAGCUUAUGGAAGACAACAUGCAUGAAGAUGACCAUGCUAUGACGCAAUCAUCAAAAGCUCAGCCACAGCCUGUUCUACACAGGCAACCCAAUUAUGAAAUAAGCUCACAGACUGUCCCGCCGAACUGGGAGGAGCUGAGCGGAGCCGUUCUGAUGCCACCAAAACUACACAGACCCCUGGCACAGACUGGAAACCCAGGAAGAGAAGCAGACGUGCAGUACAUCAAUGUCUUGACCAACCCAGCAGAUGUCCCUGACCCACACCAGCCUCGUCUCAACUCUGACCGCAUCUGUCCGGUGUGCAAUAACAACUACGAUCAUUUUUCUAUGGAGGACUUUCAAACACACGUGUUCAAGUGUUUUGAUGAUGAAAAUCCACCAGAGACAAUGAAGCCCCAAGAAGCUUCGCGCACGUGUCCCAUGUGUAGUAAGCUUUUUGAUCACAACGCGUCUCAGGCGGAGUUUGAGAAACAUGUGCAUAGUCACUUUGGAGAAGAGGGGCCGGGGGAUAACUUUGAAAUUUUACAAUGAUUACCUACCUUCACAUGAUCAUAGACUGGGUAAACUGUGGUAGCGGAGAAUACAUAACUUUAGACGUAGCUUAGCCCUAGUGUUUAGAUUCCUAGGAAGCAGAAAAAUUAUUUGCUUCCGAUAAUUAUGUAGGCUAAACAUGUAUUUAAAUUUAUUAUUUUCCUUUCAUGGACUGUUAUCAUUUACCAUCAUUACCAUAAUGACAACCUACUAGUCUGCACUAGAGGGGAAAUUAGUUUUGUUAGAUCUAGUUUUAAAUUAUGUAAAUUCAUUAUGUGCUGAUUUCUUAAACAAAAUUUUACCAAAGAAUCUUGGUGGUAUCUUACAACUAAAAGAGACUGCACAAUUUUUUUUUAUGAAUCUAUUGUCAAACUUUAACUUAUACUUGGUUGAGGUGUUUUGUCUUUUUCUUUUAUGGAUGAAAACUGUAGGGAUAAAUAUAACUUUUAGUCUUUCAGCAGUGUACAGGUGAAACUUUGGAGCACCCUGUAACUAUUUGCGGUCGAUGUUUGCUUCAUCACUGAAUGAUUCAACAGAUUUUCUUGACUGUGUUACCAUAGAAACAGAUUGUUUGCUUUUUUGUUGGUUUCCCAUUUGUAACUGUCACCAUUCUACCAGCAGUGCAGUGAGUUGGGCCUGCUCUUGUUGUUUGGCCUUCACACCCUGCACUAGUUACUUGAGGCAAAGCACUGGUCAAAAUAUCAAUGUUUAAAACUUGGUUAGGAAUAAGUAUUACUUAAAUCAUUGUUAAAAAUUGAAGUGAGAAUUGAUUUUCGUCAAAGUUCCAAUGGGAACUUAGAUUGACUGAUCAAUGUUUAGAUUUAAAAUGAGAAUAAAAUGAAUCACUGGUGACCAUCUUGUGCUACCACCAGCUACACUGGAAGGGAAAUCCAGGUUUACAAUGGCAUUUACUGCAAGGAUAACUGAAGGAGAGUAAUGUUGUGGCUGUAGACUUCUUUGCAAGUGUUGUUUUUUUUUUUAGACUUGGUUUCGUAAGGACAAGAACUUGUUCUAGAACAUACUGACAGGGCUGACAAUUGACUUGCCUUUAUAUUUAUAUGCACCUUUUAAAUAUAUUUCAGUCAUCAAUAAAUAUACAUACACACCAAACUGAUUGUCUCUGGUUAUUUCCCUGUAUAAAUUCUUUUAUCCUUGAGGUUGCUCUAAACAGGGUUUCAUUAGAGUUAAUGUUAGCAUAUUUAUUUUUAAAUUGUUUCAUGCAUUUUGCAAUGUGUUUUAAAGGGUGAAAUUUUUAAAUUAUUUUUGCGGGUUUACAAACUAUGAUUUAAAUAAAAACAACUGGCUUUACAGAUUUCCCUUAACAAUAACAAAAAAUAACUUUGAUGCUCUGAACAUAUGGUGUACAAUAUUAUAGCAAGAAUGAAAUGACUUCAGCUUGUAGGGAAUCUGAUCAGAGUGUAAUUAUAUUUACUAAACUACAAUGCAGUGUAUUCUGAAAAAUAUUUUGUACUUCUCUCCUGUAAUCUAUUUUCAUUUAUCCAGUUUUAUUGAUAUCACAAUAUUCUUUUGUUUUGUGUUGUGCAUUGGAAAUGCAUUAAUAAACCUAACUAUUGUUGACA